AUGCCCUGUGUCGACCAUGUGGUAGACGACAGCAAAAAUAACUUCUGUUAUACGAAUGGUCCGGCUCGUCCGGUGAAGUACUACAACCACACAGAAGACAGGCGUGAAUUGGAAGCAAGCGUUUUGUCUAAUGAGUACUACUUGUCGACAUUCAAGGAUGCUCUCCGGCAGGUGGCUAUCGAUGUGAUGACAGGCGAGUCUCACAGUAUACCGGAGCAGCUGAUCGUGCCCGAGUGCAGCCGCUGCACCAAUGUCAAGGUUCUUAUGCUUAAUGAACAAACGGAGCCGGACACGGCGGCGAUGGCGCAACACGUCAAGUCCCUAAUCGACGAUUGCAAGAAACUUUUGGUGGACACGGAACCAGUGCUAGGCUCCUGGGGUCUCAUAGACGCUGACCCACAUACCGGAGACCCGCACGAGACAGAGAUGGAUAGCGUGAUGGUGCUCACGAGUGAUGCGUACUACGUGACUGACUACGACGAGACAUCGGACCGUCUGCUGUCAGUUCAGCGCGUUCCGCUCGCUGACGUCACACUGCUCGAGCUCGGCACUCUCGACACUAAUCCUACGGUAAUAGAGUUCAUAUUCGCUGUAUUUGUUGUUCGUUGUUCUGUUAAGCCGAAAAUAUAUCAUGAGUCCACUUGA